CCUCCUAUUUGCCGUAACUGAUAAGCAGAAGACGACGAUGAAGCUCCGUUGCGCAGCCGCAGACAUACCCAUAGAUGUUAUUUCUUGUAUACUUUCGUUUCUCCCCGUCAAAUCGGUAUUACGUUUUAAGUGUGUCUCAAAAUCAUGGCACUCUCUAAUCUCUGAUCCGCACUUCAAAAAAUUACAUCUCCUUCAUUCACAUAAAUCUGCAAAUCUGGUACUCGUUUUCCAAGAUCAAGACAGUUUACGUGAUUGUGAUGCACCCUUAUUUGAUGAUAUAAUGUCAGGAGAUGCUACACACAUCGAAUUACCCUUCAGACGUCACCUACAGUAUUCAAUCAAAGGCAUAAUUAUGUGUUCCUGUGAUGGCCUCUUACUGAUGAGAAACUAUAAUAACCUUGGCCCGUUAACUUUAUGGAACCCUUCUACUGACGAGUGUCGUAUAUUGCCGACGGUUGAAUGUGAUUUUUCAUCCACAAGUGCCGGCUUGGGCUAUGAUUCAUCAACAGACGACUACAAGGUACUGUUUCGACCUGAAAAGAAGCACUGCAGGCCCGGAGAAGACGUUAUGAUUCUUUCUCUGAAAACAAAUUGUUGGCGGAAGAUAAACUUUUUUAAAUAUUACUGCAGGUUAGAGAAUGGCAUAAAUUUAAAGGGAUCUCUGAAUUGGGCGAUUCUGAAGGCUUCUGUAUCAAAAGAUAAUAAGGUCUGGUUGUCGGCCAAGAUUGUUUCUUUUUCCUUAGCAAACGAGACCACCACAGAGAUGGAACAUCCUCGAAAUUACCCUACUUAUAGCGUACGGCUGAAAUUGGGUGUUCUGCAAGGAUGCCUUUGUUUAACAGAGACCGCCCAUCCGAAUACUUCAAUAACCAUCUGGUUAAUGAAAGAAUUUGGAGUGACGAGCUCGUGGACCAAGCUCAUCACCACACCACACCUACCUGGAGGUCAUGGUAUGGAUUUUCCGAUCCCAUUGCCACUUAAUCAUAUGAACAAAACAGUUUUCCUAAUUCACAAAUAUAGGGGCGCUGCUCACUUCUUGAUCAUAAAUGAUUUAGAGGCAGAAAAAGACUACAGAUUUGUUAAGAUAGCCAAUACUGAGUCGCUCCGAGUCAGAGGACUUACAUUUUCAAGGAGUUUAACUUCACCAAAUUGAAUUUCUUUUUUAAAGAUUUCCAGUUUCAAGACUUAAGGA